CAUCCCGACUUGUUCCUUCUCUUGUUCUUUUCUUACCCAUUUUUUUUAUAAAUAUUUUCUCUUAUUUUAUCACAAAUCCCCACAUCCAAAAAUCCCUACCCCAUAACAUGAAACGUGAAUAUGUAGAACCCAAAAAUGAAAUCCCCAACGCCAUGUUCUCAACGCUCCACCACCAAAACCACCCUUUCUCUCAUCACUUCUCUCAAACCCUCGAAUCCGAUGACACCGCCUCCAACAACCAACACUCCUCUCUUCCCAGUGGCGAUGGUUCUAUUGAAGUCGUUCGUAGACCUAGAGGUCGUCCUCGGGGUUCAAAAAACAAGCCCAAGCCCCCCCUAGUCAUAACUCGUGAAUCUGACCCUUCAAUGACUCCUUACAUCCUCGAAAUCCCUGGAGGAAACGACGUCGUCGGAGCUAUCUCCCGCUUUACAUGUCGGAAAAAUAUUGGCAUUUGCGUGGUUACUGCUUCCGGUGCCGUUUCCAAUAUAACGCUCCGUCAACCUUCGAGCACUCCAGGAGCUACCGUAACUUUUCAUGGUAGAUUCGACAUAUUAUUGUUCUCCGCCACUCUCCUCUCCCAAACGACGUCGUGUCACGUGCCCAACACGUUCUCCAUCUCCUUAGCGGGUCCUCAAGGGCAGGUCAUCGGAGGGUUCGUCUCUGGCUCCUUGGUAGCAGCUGGCACGGUGUUUAUAGUAGCGGUUACUUUUAACAACCCUUCAUAUCAUCGGUUACCUGGAAGAGAAGAAGAAGAAGAAGCGAGGAAUACGCUGCCGUCAGGUGGUGGCGGUGAAGGACAGUCGCCGCCCUUGUCUGGUGGCGGGGGAGACAGUGGUCACGGUGGUGGUGGGGCAGAUUCAUGUGGGGUUUCGAUGUAUAAUUGUCAUUUGGGCGGUUCGGAUGUCAUUUGGGCUCCAACGGCAAGACCACCACCACCUCCACCGCCUUACCGACGACUAUAAACUUCAAAGUUUUAACCUUUUAGUUUAUUUUCCAUCAAAGCAGUUCACAUCUUU